AUGGCUAACGUUACUCCCCAUGCUGUAGUAUGGUAUAUUCCUAAUCAGAUCGGUUACCUAAGGGUUCUUACAGCGCUCAUAUCAUUUUUCACUAUGCCGAAUCAUCCCAUGUUCACAAUGAUAGUGUAUGGGAUUUCUUGCCUGCUAGAUGCAUUGGACGGUACCAUGGCCAGGAAAUAUAACCAGGUGAGUAAGUUAGGGGCCGUUCUGGACAUGGUGACGGAUAGAUCAACAACAUCGAGUCUCAUCUGUUUUCUGGGCGUAAUGUACCCCAGAUGGUGUGUUCUCUUCCAAAUUUUGAUUUCUCUAGAUCUGUCAAGUCAUUACAUGCACAUGUAUGCCAGUUUGACCGAUGGGAAUGCAUCCCACAAACAGGUCGGCAAAGAGAGCUCGAAACUCCUACAUUGGUACUAUACGAGGAGAGACGUCCUCUUCACUAUCUGCGCCUUCAAUGAGCUUUUUUAUAUGGGACUGUACCUCUACGGAUUUAAGAGAUUCCAGACGCUAGGCCUAUCAAUUGUACUAAUAUGCUUUCCUGGAUACGUGUUUAAGCAAGUUGCAAAUAUAAUCCAGCUCCAAAGGGCUGCUAUGAUACUAGCAACUUCUGAUGCCAAGGAGGCAAACGAAAGAUCGAAGAAACAAUGA